AUGCAGAUGGACUGUAUUUCGGCGAUCAACGGUUUCCAGCUGUCCAUGCCCAGUGCUACAGAUCAACUGAGCUGCCUUGAGUGGGAUUUCUGGUACGAUUACUUCGGCUGCCCGCAGACGUCUGGAACAUCACCAAGCAAGGAUACACCAGAUAUACAGGCCGUGGUGAAUUCCAUUCCCGCAUAUUGCGACAUCGCGGAUUUUACUUUGGUUUUAGCUCCCGCCAUCAAGCACUCCGACACCCACCACACAAUCAGCCAGCGCACAUGGAGCAACCGCGGAUGGUGCAGGUUGGAGCGCUUGGCGACAAAGCUGUCAGGCAACGACAAAAGUCUCGUGGUGGUAUCAGCACCAACAAGGCUUUUGGUGACAGCGGGGCCGGAUUGGAUCAAAGCCUGGCCGGACGAAGGCACCUUCACCUUGGAUGCAGAUCGUCAUGUUGUGCGGGAGGUGACAGGCCAGCUUAUCGACAUGAAGUGUCAAAGCUUGUGGGAGCAGGGUGACAAGGAGAAGUGGCGUUUCUACAGCGCGCUCGUGCCAAAAGCGCGAGGUUUCCAAGGCUGUCAGUUCGGCGAAAGUCUCCCAGAGUUCUUAAACAGAUACGAACUGGACACACCAAGCUGCUUCUGUCUUGGCACAGCCCUGACACCAUUGAUCUUGGCAAGCAUCGAGGGCAACUUGGAUGUCAUGACGCAGCUCCUGGAGAAGCAGGCAGACGUAAAUCAGGUUAUCCCUUGGAACAUGCCGGAUGCUCACAUCGAUGGUCGCCACAGCGCCUUGUCCAUGGCUUCCAUGCUAUCGACUCCGGAGGCUGUGAAGAAGCUUCUGAAUUGGGGGGCAUCAAUGGAUCUAGUCAAGAACAUGAACAACUCCUCUGUCCUCUCCAUUGCUGGAUACUUCGGCAAUGCCCCGGCCAUGAAGGUGCUUUUGGCCCAUGAUGCUCUUAAACCCUAA